UCAAUUCUUCCAGCUGAAAGCAGCAAUGCCAACACCAUAUAAGGCCACGUGGCUCAUACAGAUGGUGUCAUCAUCACAGUCCUGACUGGAGAAUCUCCUUUGCCCUGUACAAAGUGUGAGAAAGAAAGGGAAGAAGGUGUGGUGAAGAGGAAAGAGAAAGAAUAUAGCAUACAUUUGUAGGGAAUGCUAAAAUGGACUCAACUGAAGCUUGCUUGUAAGAUGUUUCAGUGUGUGGCUACCAGAGGAUGAAAAGCUAGAUGCUACUUGGCUAAACUGGAAAAACACAAGAGAGAAGAGUGAAGCAUUGUAACAGCUGCCAGGGACUGUGACAGUGAGGGAACUGCUUCGCUUAGAGUAGUCUUCUUACCAUGGGGAAGUCAGCCUCCAGGCUUUUUUGUGAGGAGGUAAUGAAGACUCAUAAUGAGUACAGGAGAAAACAUCAAGCCCCACCUUUAAAACUCAGCAGUAAACUGAGCCGUGAAGCAGCACGAUAUGCUGAGAGCCUUGCUAGCACCAGGAUUCUGAAGCAUAGUGCUGAGUCUAGUAGAGGAAACUGUGGAGAAAAUUUAGCAUGGGCAUCUUAUGAUCAAUCAGGUAAAGAUGUGUCUGAUCGCUGGUAUAAUGAAGUGAACCAGUACAACUUCAACCAGCCAGGAUUCUCCUCUGCAACUGGUCACUUCACUGCAAUGGUGUGGAAAAGCUCAAAGGAACUUGGUGUGGGUAAAGCUGUGGCCUCAGAUGGUUCUACCUUCGUAGUGGCACGUUAUUUCCCUGCCGGCAACAUUACCAAUCAGGGCCACUUCCAGGCCAAUGUCCUGCCCCCUAAAAGCUGAUCCAAAUGUAUCUGGACAAUGAAGGUAGGGAGGGGAACUGAAAGAGGAUGGGGAACAGCUGAAAUUGCAGAGACUUUUACCUGGAGGACCAAACGCAGUGAUGGUUGGCUUUAAUACACAGAUCUUACUUGAAUAAA